UUUUUUUAGUCGGCAACCCCGAUUACAAUUUUAGAAGAAAGUGUCGUGUGGCAGGUUUAUAUAAAAGUACAAGUUAAAAUAUUUACUGAAUUGUAAACUAAAGGUUAACCCCGAUGUCUGAACACGUAUUACCGGCCGAAGAGCCGAUACGGUUUAUAGCCCCAAUUAUUCAAGAUAAUCCUACAGGAUGGGGGCCCUGCGAAAUGCCGGAGCAAUUUAGGGACAUGCCCUAUCAACCUUUCAGCAAAGGCGACCGAUUGGGAAAGAUUAGUGAUUGGACUAUGGUACAAGACAAGAAGUAUCAAAAUAAGUACGCUUCACAGUUUGGCCCUGGUUCUUCUUACGCUUACUUCCAUGAUGAGGAUGAAAGCACUUUCCACCUGGUGGACACGACCAGAGUACAGAAGCCACCAUAUCAACGCGGCCGUGGCCGAGGACAGAGAGGCCGUGGUGCCAGAGGAGCUCGCACACCUGGUGGCAUGACUACCUUGAACAAGCAACGAGACCGUAAGCUUGGUAAGAGGUGGGGUCAGCGUGGUGCCCCAAUGAAGAUCCGAGAUGCCUCCGUCACUGUUAGACCCACCUGGGUCACAAUUGAGGACAUGGACUUUCCUCGUCUUGCUAAACUCUCUUUGCCAGGAAUCAAAGAAGGUGAAGACAUUGUAUGCUGUGGUACACUGGAGUACUAUGACAAGGGAUAUGACCGUGUAAAUGUCAAGCAUGAGAAGGCACUGCAGCGUAUCGACCGUAUCUUCCAUACGGUAACAACUACCGAUGACCCAGUGAUCCGACGUCUCAGUAAGACGAUGGGUACGGUGUACGCGACUGAUGCCAUCCUGGCCACAAUUAUGUGCUGCACCCGAUCUAACUACUCAUGGGAUAUUGUCAUUGAAAAAAUUGGUGACAAGUUGUUUUUGGACAAGCGUGAUAACACGGAGUUUGAUUUGCUGACUGUGAACGAGACGUCAGUGGAGCCGCCCGCAGAUGAUGGCAACUCUAUCAACUCUCCGCGCAACCUCGCACUAGAGGCCACCUUCAUUAAUCAUAACUUCAGUCAGCAGGUGUUGAAAUCUGGUACAACCGAGCCGAAGUACAAGUUCCCGGAGCCCAAUCCGUUUGUAUCUGAGGAGGAGGACGGCGAAGUCGCCUCAGUUGGAUACCGCUACCGCAAGUGGAACUUGAAUAAUGGUGUUGUUCUAAUAGCUCGGUGCGAACACGACGCGGUGCUGCAAGGUCCGCAGAACGAGACUCAGUUCCUGUCCAUCAAGGCGCUCAACGAGUGGGACUCGAAGCUGGCUAACGGAGUCGAGUGGCGGCAGAAGCUGGACACCCAGCGCGGUGCAGUGCUAGCCAACGAGCUACGUAACAACUCCUGCAAGCUUGCCAAGUGGACCGUUCAGGCGCUGCUGGCUGGCUCGGACCAGAUAAAGUUCGGGUACGUGUCGCGAGCGCAGGUCCGUGACAACUCGCGUCACGUCAUCCUCGGCACGCAGCAGUUCAAGCCGCACGAGUUCGCCGCACAGAUCAACCUCUCCAUGGAUAACGCCUGGGGCAUCCUGCGAUGCAUCAUUGAUAUCUGCAUGAAGCAGAAGGACGGUAAAUAUUUGAUAAUGAAGGAUCCCAACAAGCCGUUGAUUCGUUUGUAUGAUAUUCCGGACAACACUUUCGAAUCAGACGCUUCAGAGGAGAGCGGUGAUGAGCCUGCGGACACUCCCUUCGCACCACUCUAUGCAUACGGCAACAACAAGAGGGUCUGAUGCUAACAGAUCCAAUUUUACUACUUAUUUUCUAACCUAUAUAUGUAUUACAGAUUUGUAUUCAUGAUAAUAAAUUGUUUCGGUCACAUA